GGUGGGAGAGCUGCAGUGAAACCUCACCAGUGUGUUUGCAAGCGCUGCUUUUAAACUCUUAAGCUUCGUCUCAGCGUGGUUGACAUGUGGACUUCUGGAGUUCUCCAUCCCUGAGCACCACCAUGGCAAGAACGUUCUGGUGAAGACAAUCUGGUUCGGUGUGGUAUCCCGGGUCACCCCUGCCCUCUACCCUCUAAAUGAAACUGAGAGCGUCCCUCUUCCCUCUUUCGUCGCCUAGAUUAUCGCCAGUGAUUGACACAUGAACACAAACAUGGUUUCCGACGGGCUCUGCCCCAACAUCACAUGCAACGACACGACGGUGAAGGGCGACAGUAAGCCGGCGACGAGCAUCAUCAUGUUCUUGGCUGGCGUGGUGGGCAACCUUCUGGCCCUCUUCAUCCUGGGCGUGCACCGUAAGGAACACCGCUCCAGGUCGUCCGUCUUCUCCAUCCUGGUGACGGGUCUGGCCCUCACCGACCUGCUGGGCACGUGUCUCCUCAGCCCGCCCGUGUUCAUCUGCUACGCCCGCAACGUGUCCCUCAUCGGCCUGGGCGGCCAGGGCCUGUGUCAGCUGUUCGGCUGCGCCAUGAGCUUCUUCGGCCUGGCGCCCACCCUCAUCCUGUGCGCCAUGGCCGUGGAGCGCUGCCUGGCUAUUAGCCACCCGUACUUUUACUCGGUGCACAUCCGCCGCAGCUUCGCCAAGGUCACGCUGGUCACCGUUUACCUCUUCUCCUUAGCCUUCUGCCUGCUGCCGCUCGGUGGCAUCGGCAAGUUCAGGCAGUACUGCCCGGGCACCUGGUGCUUCAUCGAUAUGGACGCCACGGGGGACGCCAACGCCGAGCGGGUGCAGGCCUUCUCGCUGUCGUACUCGUCCCUCAUGGCUCUGCUCAUCCUCGCCGUGUUCGUAUGCAACGGCUCGGUGAUCGUGAGCCUCUGCCGGAUGCACCGCAGCCAGGUGAUGCGGCGAGGCUCGGUGGGCUCCGCUGGCAGGAGGAGGAAGCUGAGCCUGGCCUGGUUCGGACGCGGCGAGGAGGAGGUGGACCACCUAGUGCUGCUGGCACUCAUCACUGUUAUCUUUGCGGUCUGCUCGCUGCCACUUACUAUCGCAGGCUUCAUCAACGCCAUUCGCCCGUUUUGCGGCGACGACGAGAACCUGACCGCCUUCCGCUUCUACGCCUUCAACCCCAUCGUGGACCCCUGGGUCUUCAUCAUCUGCCGUAAGUCCGUCUUGAGACACCUGCGCUCGCUGCUGAGCUGCCGUUUCGGCAAAGGGGCUGGUGUGAAGAACCCGGCCAACGGUGCCAUGUCUUUGCCCCUGGAGGCCCACAUCCGGCGCCACUCGUCCGACGAGUCGCGGAGCAACUUCUACUCGGGGUUGCCGGCGUCGCCCAGCAAAAGCUCGCCAUUGUGCAAGUGAUGGAGGCCGCUUGAAUAAAGACCGCUCGGUACUGGCCAGUGACUCUUCGGACUGGUGCGCGUGCGACCGAGAGCGCUGCGAGUCGAGGGACACGUUGAGAUCAUGUGGACAAUAAUGGCUAACAUACUUUAACUUAGCCCCGCCCACUAUAGCCACAACCUUAGGUAUUGAGACCGCUAUUUUGUUAUGAGGUGAUGCGAUGCUAGUGUUCCUAAUAAAGUGGCCGUGGGGUGUUAUUCAUGAACGUUUACAGUGGAUUCUCAACCAAAGAUGAAGGGAUUUGAUUGGCCAGGACUUUUCAGUGUUGCGUAAGUUGAUAUUUAUAUAAAAAGACGGUGAAAUUUCCCCAUGUGAAUUAUUGGUGUGGAGGGGUUUUACUCAAAUGACAAAGUAUCGGUUCGUUGAUCAAGUGUGAGCAUCUGAACCCUGCCCAGCAGGCACAAAACAUUGAUACAACGUUGAUUGUACACUAUAUUGCCAAAAGUAUUUGGCCACUCAUCCAAAUGAUCCAAAUCAGGUGUCCUAAUCA